AUGAUCGUGGGGUGCCUGGCGUCAGCGUCCGGGGCCCAGGACGAGCACCCCAGGGUGCAGGAGGCCUUGGCGGGCCUGAUGCGCCACAUAGAGCGGGAGAAGCUCCUCUUACAAGAGCUGGAGCGCCAGCAGGAGUUGACCGCUCAGGCAAAGGCGCAGCGCAGGCAACUCCAUAAAGUGAAGAUGGAGAAACAAAUGCUGCUGCAGGAGGAAGUGCAGCAGCUGGAGGCUGAGCUUGCCCUGCAGCAGCAGCGGGCAAGCGAGGCCCAAGCACAGGCACCCUCCAGGCUGCGCUUUCUGAGAGCAGAAAUCCAACAGGCGGCGGAGCUCAGGCGGCAGGAAGCCAAGGAGGCGAACAAGGCGACCCGCCGCCUGUGCGAGGCACUGACAGAGGGCCGAGGGGACAUGCGUCAGCUGUGCCGCGGCGCACACCUGGGCAUGUCCCCAGAGCUGGCCCAGGUGCUUCACUGGCUGGAGCAGCAACAGGAUGACAGGGCUGACAGGAAGCACCACAGCAUAUCCUGGCCGCUCGUCAAGCUGGCUGCUUUUCUUCACUUGGCGCUCAUCCACCACCUUCAAAAACAGAAUAAAACAUCUGCCACCACCUCCCAACACAACACAACACAUCCGCCACCACCUCCCAACACAACACAACACAUCUGCCACCACCUUCCAACACAACACAACACAUCUCCCACCACCUCCCAACACAACACAAUACUUCUACCACCACCUCCGAACACAGCACAACAUAUCCUCCACCGCCUCCCAACACAACACAACAUAACACAUUACCCACUACCUCCAAACACAACACAGCACAACACAUCCUCCACCACCUUCCAACACAACACAACACAACACAACACAUCUGCCACCACCUCCCAACACAACACAACACAGCACAUAUGCCACCACCUCCAAACACAACACAACACAACACAUCUGCCACCACUUCCCAACAUAACGCAACACAACACAUCUGCCACCACCUGCCAACACAACAUAACACAUCUGCCACCACCUCCCAACACAACACAGCACAUCUGCCACCACCUCCCUACAAAACACAACACAUCUGCCACCAUCUCCCUACAAAACACAACACAUCUGCCACCACCUCCCAACACAACACAUCUGCCACCACCUUCCAACACAACAAAACACAUCUACCACCAGCUCCCAUCACAACACAACACAUCUGCCACCACCUUCCAACACAACACAACAAAACACAUCUACCACCAGCUCCCAACACAACACAACACAUCUGCCACCACCUCCCAACGCAACACAAAACAUCAGCCACCACCUUCCAACACAACACAAAACAUCUGCCACCACCUCCCAACACAACACAACACAUCUGGCACCACCUCCCUCCUCCCAACACAACACAACAUACAUAUCUGCCACCACCUCCCAACACAACACAACACAUCAGCCACCACCUUCCAACACAACACAAAACAUCUGCCACCACCUCCCAACACAACACAGCACAUCUGCCACCACCUCCCAACACAAAACAAAACAUCAGGCACCACCUUCCAACACAAUACAACACAUCUGCCACCACUUCCCAACACAACACAACACAUCUGCCACCACCUCCCUACACAACACAACACAUCUGCCACCACCUCCCAACACAACACAAAACAUCCGCCACCACCUCCCAACACAACGCAACACAUGAACCACCACCUCCCAACACAACACAACACAGAAGCCACCACCUCCCAACAUAACACAGCACAACACAUCUGCCACCACCUCCCAACACAACACAACACAUCCGCCACCACCUCCCAACACAACAUAACAGAUCUGCCACCACCUCCGAACACAACACAACACAUCUCCCACCACCUCCCAACACAACACAAUACAUCUACCACCACCUCCGAACACAGCACAACAUAUCCUCCACCGCCUCCCAACACAACACAACACAACACAUUACCCACCACCUCCAAACACAACACAACACAACACAUCUGCCACCAGCUCCCAACACAACGCAACACAUCAGCCACCACCUUCCAACACAACACAAAACAUCUGCCACCACCUCCCAACACAACACAUCUGCCACCACCUCCCAACACAACACAGCACAACUCAUCUGCCACCACCUCCUAACACAACACAACACAU